AAGCAUCUGUCUCUGGAGGUGUGCAUGCUGCAGUUCUUCUAUGCCUACGUUCAGAGGAUCCCUGUGUCCAGUCUGGUGGACAGUUGGCCAUCUCUGCUGGCCCUGCUGAAGGACUCGGUACAGCUGGGGCUGCCUGCUCCUGGACAGUUCCUCAUACUGGGAGUUCUGAAUGAGUUCAUCCUCAAGAACCCGAACCUGGAGAGCAAGAAGGACCAGCGGGAGCUGCAGGAUGUGACCCACAAGGUGGUGGAGGCCAUCGGAACCAUCGCAGGCUCCUCUCUGGAACAGACCACCUGGCUGAGGAGGAACCUGGAGGUCAAGGCGUCGCCACAGAUCACGGUGGACGGGACCAGCCUGGAGCAAGACGUAGAGGAUCUAAUGCUCACAGUGAUGGAGGCAUCCAGCUUCACUCCAUCAGUGUACAGCGUUCACGCCCUCACACUGCUAGCGGAGGUGCUGGCCCAUCUCCUAGACAUGGUGUUCUACAGUGAUGAGAAGGAGAGGGUGAUCCCCCUACUGGUGAACAUUAUGCACUAUGUCGUGCCCUACCUCCGCAACCACAGUGCCCACAACGCCCCCAGCUACCGGGCGUGUAUCCAGCUGCUGAGCAGCCUGAGUGGGUACCAGUACACCCGGCGGGCCUGGAAGAAAGAAGCCUUCGACCUCUUCAUGGACCACACCUUUUUCCAGAUGGAUUCCUCCUGUGUCAGCCAUUGGAGAGCCAUCGUUGAUCAUCUUAUGACUCACGACAAGACCACGUUUAGAGAUCUUAUGACUCGUGUGGCGGUGGCUCAGAGCAGCUCUCUGAAUCUGUUCUCUAACCGAGACGCAGAGCUGGAGCAGAGAGCCAUGCUGCUCAAACGCCUGGCCUUCACCAUCUACAGCAGCGAGGUGGACCAGUACCAGAAAUACCUGCCUGACAUACAGGAGCGGCUGGUGGAGAGUCUGCGUCUGCCCCAGGUGCCCAUCCUCCAUGCCCAGGUGUUCUUGUUCUUCAGAGUUCUACUGCUGCGCAUGUCUCCUCAACACCUCACCUCACUGUGGCCCACCAUGAUCACCGAACUGGUUCAGGUCUUUUUACUCAUGGAGCAGGAGCUUACUGCAGACGAGGACAUGUCAAGGACGUCGGGUCCAUCGGUGGCUGGCCUGGAGACCACCUACUCUGGAGGGAACGGUUUCUCCACCUCCUAUAACAGCCAGCGCUGGCUCAACCUCUACCUGUCUGCCUGCAAACUGCUGGACCUGGCCCUGGCCCUGCCCUCAGAGAGCCUGCCCCAGUUCCAGAUGUACCGCUGGGCCUUUAUCCCCGAGGCAUCUGAUGACUCGGGCCUGGAGGUGAGACGACAGGGGACCCACCAGAGAGAGUUCAAGCCCUACGUUGUCCGACUAGCCAAGCUGCUGAGGAAACGAGCCAAGAAGAACCCAGAGGAGGACUGUUCCCUGCGUACUCUGUCCUGGGAACCGGGCCACCUCACCCUGACACUCUACAUGAUCCGCAGUAUGGAGCAGCUCCUCCCUUUCUUCAACCUGCUCAGCCAGGUGUUCAACAGUAAGGCCAGCAGCCGCAAUGCCGCCCCCAGCCACUCUGGGCCCUCCUUCCCCAACAAGGAGGGCAAGCUGGAGAGCCAAAAAGUGUUCUGGAGCCGGGCACGGCAGAACAUUGAGGAGAUGGUGGAGAAAGACUUUCUAGAGGGCCUUAUCAAGACGUGAACACGAGGGACAGAGGGAAAUGUAUUUUCCGAAGGGAAAUAAAUAAAUUAAAAACACUAGUGAAUUAAACUCAUCUUGUAUAUAAGGGAACAUAUUAGGGACAUAAACCAUGGGAACUAAAAAUAAAUCAAGUUUGUACAUUUUUUUUCUUCUAUUUAUAAUGACUGUAUUUUACUUUUCAAAGGCUUUUAAUUAUUUGUAUAUACAGGGCAGCUGUGAAGACUGACUGACAGUUUGUGUAAGACCUCUCUGGGACAAUGUGAAGAUGCUGUGCAAUUCUAUAUUGUUGUGACUUACUGAAUUAAAGACUUAUCAUGAGAUCUA